AUGUGCGACAGAAAGGCGGUGAUCAAAAACGCAGGUAUGUCAGAGAUGGGACAGGACUCCGUGAAAUGUGCUCCUCAGGCACUGGAGAACUGUAACACAGAGGAUACUGCUGCCCAUAUUAGGGAGUUGGACCUUCAGUACCACUCCGCCUGGUGCUGCGUCGUGGGGAGGAGCGUCAGCGAUGCCGUGACACAUGAAACAAGCUCGGCAUCUGCUUCUAUCUGGGCCAAGUGA